CGGCGGGCGGGGCGGUGCGCGGGGCUCGGCUCGCCUCGGCUCGCCUCGGCUCGCCUCGGCGGUGCUCGGCAGGUUGCGGUAAAUCCGGGCUUGCGGUCGCUGGCAGAGUCUGCGGCCCGGUGGUCCCUGCUGCGUGUUCCAAGCCCCGAGAACCAUGCAGAUGUCCUACGCCAUCCGGUGCGCCUUCUACCAGCUGCUGCUGGCCGCGCUCAUGCUGGUGGCGAUGCUUCAGCUACUCUACCUGUCGCUUCUGUCCGGACUGCAUGGGCAGGAGGAGCAGGAUCAAUAUUUCGAGUUCUUCCCGCCCUCCCCGAGAUCCGUGGACCAGGUGAAGGCUCAGCUCCGCACCGCUUUGGCCUCAGGAGGUGUCCUGGACGUCAGCGGUGAUUACCGCGUCUACAGGGGCCUACUGAAGACCACCAUGGACCCCAACGAUGUGAUCCUGGCCACGCAUGCCAGCGUGGACAACCUGCUGCACCUGUCCGGCCUGCUGGAGCGCUGGGAGGGUCCGCUGUCCGUGUCAGUGUUCGCGGCUACCAAAGAGGAAGCUCAGCUGGCCACGGUGCUGGCCUACGCGUUGAGCAGCCACUGCCCUGAUAUGCGCGCCAGGGUCGCCAUGCACCUGGUGUGCCCCUCGCGUUAUGAGGCAGCAGUGCCUGACCCCCGGGAGCCUGGGGAAUUUGCCCUACUGCGCUCCUGCCAGGAGGUCUUCGACAAGCUAGCCAGGGUGGCCCAACCAGGGAUUAAUUACGCCCUAGGCACCAAUGUCUCCUACCCUAAUAACCUGCUGAGGAAUCUGGCUCGUGAGGGAGCCAAUUAUGCCCUGGUGAUCGACGUGGACAUGGUGCCCAGUGAGGGGCUGUGGAGAGGCCUGCGGGAAAUGUUGGAUCAGAGCAACCAGUGGGGGGGCACCGCACUGGUGGUGCCUGCUUUUGAGAUCCGCCGAGCCCGCCGUAUGCCCAUGAGCAAGACUGAGCUGCUGCAGCUCUACCAGGUGGGCGAGGUCCGGCCCUUCUAUUAUGGGCUGUGCACACCUUGCCAGGCGCCUACCAACUACUCCCGCUGGGUCAAUCUGCCAGAAGAGAGCUUGCUGAGGCCUGCCUACGUGGUGCCUUGGCAGGACCCUUGGGAGCCAUUUUACGUGGCUGGAGGCAAGGUGCCCACCUUUGAUGAGCGAUUUCGGCAGUAUGGCUUCAAUCGAAUCAGCCAGGCUUGUGAGCUGCACGUGGCAGGGUUUGAUUUUGAGGUGCUGAAUGAAGGUUUCCUGGUUCAUAAGGGCUUCAAAGAAGCCUUGAAGUUCCAUCCACAAAAGGAGGUUGAAAAUCAGCAUAAUAAGAUCCUUUACCGCCAGUUCAAACAGGAGUUGAAGGCCAAGUACCCCAACUCUCCCCGCCGCUGCUGAGUCCAUCCCUCCCCUAGUCUGAGAAUUCUCAGCCUUUGGCUCCUCAGGUCGCCCCUCAGGCCUGACUGGGGUAAGAAAUGUCACUCCACUUUACAGAGGUAGCUAUGGUGUUGGAACACUGGACUUGAAUAUGGGGUGCUGGGAUCAAGUCCUAGCUUUACCACUAACUAGCUGUGUGGCCUUGAGCAAAUCCCAUUAUCUCUCUGAGCUUCAGUUAAGCCAUCUGUAAAAAGGGAGGUGAGAAUACCUACCUCACAGAACUGUUGGGAGGCUCAGAUGAGAUGCUAUAUGUGAAAACAUUCUGUAAGCUUCGUACAAAUGUGAAGUAUUAUUAAUAUUAUUACAGUAUUAUUAUUGUUAUUAUUAUUGUUAUUAUUAUUAACAAUUUUGGGUGGAUGGACAAUAGAAGAGUUAAAAGUAUGAAUGGUGCAGAGUUAAGUUAGAAUACUUAAUGAAAUUGGCCUUUUGGAAAGAAAUCGGAUGAAAGCAUACAGUUUAAUUUUUAGCAGAAUCCUAAACUUCCUGGUUCUUCCAGGCCUCCAUCCUCGGGGGCUCUGGAGGAGGGAAGGGUCCGCAGGCUCUAUGAGUGACAAUCUGAGAUCUGUACCCUCCCAUAGGCUGGGCUGGGUUUUUGCUUUCGGAUGACAAUGUGUAAAUAAACGAGUGUUCACACCCA